AUGGCCAGCAUCUUGCCCUGGGGACGAAAACGGCACGAAUACAGCGUGUUGCUAGAAAAACUACACGCAAAGCACAAGGGUGAUCCAUAUUGGCACAAGAACACCGUCUGGGAGAACGUCGAGUUCAUCGCACUGCUAAUGGUCUCAGUUCUGACCAUAUCAGCUUUGGCCAUUCUUGUCGCUAUGUUGGUAUUGUUCGUCGUGAGAACCUCUCUUUCCGAUCAACAAUGCAGCAAGCGACUCAGCAUCUGGUCACCUCUACAAGAACAAGUCUCAUACAUCGAGUAUGACUUUGACAAUGCUUUUGCCCACCAGACGAUCUACCGCGGCCCGCCCACGGCUGAGAGAGAUGCUGCAUGGGGCGCGCUCUGGAGGUACAAUGGCGUGUCCAUCCCAGCAAGCAAGCUCGACAAGGUCAACAGGACUGAAGAUCUCGGCAACGGACAACACCUCAUGCGAUCAGAUGUGAAUCACACCACAACGAAAGACCGCUCCUACAGGGCACUUAUAGAAGUCUUCCAUCAACUGCAUUGCCUGGAUCUUGUCCGCCAAUACACGUGGCGGGAGUACUACUUCUCUCACAAAGACAAAGUGUCGACACCGGCUGAUCUACUCGUCUCAGAGGUCGAGCAACGUAUGCACGUCGAUCAUUGUCUCGAGACUUUGCGGUUGACCCUCAUGUGCCACAGCGACAUCACGCCGCUUAUGAUCAUCGACGACCCUUCUUCGCCUUUGGGGAGUAGUGCUGACUUCAACGUGCACCACAAGUGUCGAGACUUUGAGAAGAUACGAGAGUGGAUGGAAGAAAACGCUGGCCGCGCCGAAUGA